CGAGACACUCGUCGGCUGUGACAGGAAGGGGAGGUCGGGUGUAUAUAUAGUUAUAUACGGUAAAACCAACCGACAGUGCACCGUGUUUCUGUUACGGAUACUUUCGCCGAGUUUAUUCCUCGAACACGACUGGUACCCGAUUGUUUUAAAGCCACUGACGCUAGUUACCGAGGAUGAAAGUGUUUGACGUCACGGUCCUCCUAUUCCUGGUGGUUUCCAUGGCAAUCAUUCCUGGCGACGCCUGGCUGCAGUCUGUGUGGCAGGGGAUACAGCGCGACGCCAAAAAUCUCGGUCAGCGACUGCUGGGGGAGGCGAAGACGUUUGGUACCAAGGUGGUGCAGACGGUGAUCACCCAGUCCCGCCAGACGGCGUGCCAGGAGGUGUGCCCCAAGGUGUGCAGCGACCAGAUAGGCAGGUGGGUCUGUCCGUUCGUCUGUAAUCCAGUCUGUCCGAAAACGCCCGCGGGUCCGCUGGCAGGAAACGGCGAUUUGGUGGCCAGAGUCAAGAGGUCGCUGGUUAAGGGUCAGCAUUACAGCGGCCAUCUAAUGCCUCUCCCCAACAAGUUCUCAGCGUAUGACCUGAACGAGGACGGUGUUGUCAGUCUCGCAGAAAUGGCAGUCUCUGGCGGAAGUGACGUCACAGAUCCGGGAUUCCGGAAAGCAUUUACCUUGUCAGAUGUUGAUGGGAAUGGUGUCCUGACGCCAAAGGAACUGUACCAGGGUCCGUUCGUGUUUGAGAAGGAUGUAGGGAAGUCAGACUAUCUGUAUUGCAAGUACUUGGGAGACCACGUUGAGCUGGAGUCGCAAACACCGUCCAUCAAAGACACCAUCGCUCAGAUUCCGAGGGUUAGGGCUAAAAGCCGAAUUAUUUCACUGUAAACAGAAAUCAGAAGAGUGCAUUGCUAAAAUAGGGGUGUGGAGACGAUUUUAAUGGCGUGUGGGUGGAGGAAUUGGUUUUAAAAUGUUGAGACUGCCCUGAUUAUUAAAACUCUUUCUAGCACAAAAUAUUAUACACGUUAUAGGAAUCUGGGUCAUUCGUUAAAUGAUUAGCUACGUAAUAAUUAUAUAGAAGCAAAGAGUUAAAAA